AUGGCAAAAAAAAACUGUAACGUCCAAAUUCCAACUGACAGAGAUACGCUGAACGCCUACUACAACGGAUGGCUACACGGUGUCAUGUUGACCGGGGUUCUCUGUUACGGGUUUAAUGGUACUCUCAUCUGGGGAAAACAUAAUUUUCCAGGUUCGUGGAACGAUGGAGAAAUGCGUUACCAACUUCAACGGCAACUAAGCGAUCCAGCAAAGACAAUUGAGGGAGGGCGAUGCGCUACCGACUCUAAUGCAGCGAUGACAAACCGAAUAUUUACGCUUCUCAAAGAUGGGGAUUUGGAGAGAGCAAGCUUGGAAAGCAGGGCAGGAUUGCUGGCAAUGGGUUCCGCCAUCACUACGAUUCGGCAAGAUGCCGAAUGGGGGUAUGGGCAACGUAUCAAAGUGCUACAGACAGCUCCUGUUGCCGCUGCUACACGAUCCAGAUACGCGCGCAUAAUGACUUAA